GCAUGUUGCCUCCCAUGGCAUUCCACAUCUUGUCCUGGAUGCUCCUGUCCAGCCUGAUGCUCCUACCUCAGGUGCAAGGACAAGACCCCCAAGACGAAGUGGCCUCACCACGAAUCAGCUGUCCCAAAGGUUCCAAGGCCUUUGGCUUCUACUGCUACGCCUUCUUUAGAACACCCAAAUCCUGGUUUGAUGCAGAUUUGGCCUGCCAGAGUCGGCCCUCAGGACAUCUUGUGUCUGUGCUUAGUGGAACUGAAGCAUCAUUUGUGUCCUCUCUAGUCAAGAGCAAUACAAACACCUACCAAUACAUCUGGAUCGGGCUCCAUGACCCCACACUGGGCUAUGACCUCAAUGGAGGUGGCUGGGAGUGGAGUAGUACUGAUGUGCUGGAUUACUUCAACUGGGAGAGGAAUCCUUCCUCUGCCUCCGACCGUGGUUACUGUGGGAGCUUGUCACGCAUCUCAGGAUAUCUUAAGUGGAGAGAUUAUAGCUGCAAUGUGCAUUUACCUUAUGUCUGCAAGUUCAAGGACUAG